AUGGAAUAUAUAAAGAUCGCCAAGGUCGAUGAUGUUGUAAUCCACAAGAAGGGCGUCUCUGCCAGCGGGACUUUGCAUUUGACAACUCACCAUUUGAUUUUCGCUUCCGAGUCGCUAACACGAGAAUUUUGGUUCGCGUACCCUACAAUUGGUGCUGUUUUCAAGAACCGAGGAAGCACCCUGAUUUCCAAGUAUAAGAACCAUUCCGAUUGCAAAGAUCCUCUGUAUGAAGAUAAAGACAUGUGGCAGUUUUGGAAUAUCAAGAUUGUCGGCAAAGACUACACCGUUUUUUCAUUGGACUUCGAAGACGAGCAUUUGGCGCAGGACGUCUAUGACUCGAUACUCAAACUCACAAUCCUACACGAAGUCACCCAACUCUACGCAUUUAUUUACACCUCCAACAAAGCUGAGCAGCAGUUCAACAGCUGGAACAUUUACGACCCUAUCAAAGAGUUUCAGAGACAAGGACUCGACUUUAACGACAAGGAUUGUCGUUGGCGACUGUCAACAAUCAAUCAAGACUAUAAUUUCUGCGAUACUUACCCAAAAUUAUUGGUGGUGCCAAGCACAAUUUCAGACACGUUGCUCACCCAUUCAAUGAGAUUUAGAUCUCAAAAUCGUAUCCCUGCGCUCACAUAUUUCCAUAGGAAAACUUGCACAUCCAUCACACGGUGCGCACAACCUUUGCCGGGUUUGAUCCAGCAACGUUCCAUUCAGGAUGAAAAACUCAUAUCAGAGAUUUUCAACUGCUCCUCGAUUGAAGAUCGUCAAAAAUCCAGGGCAGUUAAAAAUAUCAUUGUGGAUGCCAGGCCAACCACAAAUGCCAUGGCCCAAACAGCCUUAGGUGGCGGCACGGAAAAUAUGGACAAUUAUAAUUUUGGAGGGACGGUGAGUCGCAUGUUUCUAGGCAUAGACAAUAUUCAUGUCAUGAGAGAUGUUUUGAAUAAUGUUGUAGAUCAUUUUUUGGUCGACAAUGACUUGAACUUGCCAAUUGACACCCAUGCGCUCAAUGAGGGCAAAUCUGGACAAUGGCUGAAAUAUGUCAAGAUGCUCCUGUCGUCAACGGACACUCUUGCGAAAUCUAUGCUUUUCAAUGAGUCUAACAUAUUAAUUCAUUGCUCUGACGGAUGGGAUCGAACCACACAAGUUUGUUCCUUGGUCCAGAUCUGUCUUGAUCCAUAUUUCCGGACACUAGAAGGAUUUAUUACUUUGAUCGAAAAAGACUGGCUCUCGUUCGGUCACCGUUUUGCCCAACGGAGCGGUCAUUUGAGCUCAGAAAGUUGUUUUCAUGACAAUUCAACGAGGAUAAGUCUUUCUGGUGCUGCUUCGAACAUGACUCAAGGUAUGGAUCUUAACUCGUCCAUUUUUGGUUUUUCGAACAGCGCAAACAAUAAUAACCCAAAGUUGGAAAUGGCAAGUAGUGAGCUACUUGGUUCGAACGCCGCUCCUCAAACUCACUCGACGGAAAUUGUCAAGAGGGUCUCUAGGCGAUUGACUGCCAAAAAAUCAACAAAGUUUACUUCUCCCGUGUUCCAACAGUUCCUGGACUGCGUAUAUCAGCUGCACAGGCAAAAUCCAUCAAAGUUCGAAUUCAACGAGCGCUUCCUGAGGCGUUUGGUAUACCACCUAUAUUCCUGCCAAUAUGGCACAUUUUUGUUCGACUCAGAGUAUGAAAGAAGUGAACAAAUGGCCCAGAACAAGACAAGAUGUGUAUGGGAUUACUUCAGAUCAAGAACGGCAGAGUUUACCAAUCAUGACUACAAAAACGUUUCUCCCAAUGACGAGGACUGGAUUUUACCAGAUGUAAAAGAUAUCUCAUGGUGGUGGCAACUCUUUGGCAGAAGAAAUGAAGAGAUGAACACACCGGAAACAACCCCUACAAGACCUUGUUCGGCUGAGGAGCCAAAAAGAUCGGGAUUGAAACUUCCUUCACUCGGUUUAGAGAUUUUUGGUAGAAGAUAA